AACCCAGGGAUCAAACCCACGUCUCCUGCUUGGCAGGAGGAUUCUUUACCACUGAAUCACCUGAGAAGCCCCAAAUAAUUGAGUCUGGUCUUCAAUUUAUUUGGGUUUAUACCUAGGAGAGGAAUGGCUAGAUUAUAUGGCAGUCCUACAUUUAACUCUUUCCAGAACCACCGAACUGUUUUCCACAGCAGCUGCACCAUUUAUGUUUCUACAAGGAAGGCUCAUAUCACACAUAUUCAUUUAUUUUUUUCACCCUUUAUACUUAACAGUGUACCCAUUUGUUUCUUUCCUGCUCCCUACUUGCAAGAAAGCAGGGGUAGAGGAUGGGAGAAGCUGCACCUCUAGUAGAAAAAUGAUCCCCCCAUAAACCGGGGCAGCAGGAGCCCCUCUGGCCUUAUGCUUUGCCUCUGCUCUUGCCUCUUCAACAAACAGGAUUCUGUGACCAGGAACAGAGGAGGGAAGGCUUCCAUCUCCCUGUGACACACCCACCACAGCCAUUUAUGUUAUCCCAUAAAACGACCCUCCCAGCGCCCUCCAACACUUCCCUGCUCACACAGAAUAUCCCAUUAAACGGUCUUAAACAGCCAAAACUGAGAACAGAAAGGAAGCAGCUCCGUGUGGAAGCUGCCAACCUUGGCUCAGCUCUGCAGGCGAGUGUUUUAACUCUCAGCUCAAGCUUAAGAUCUCCGAAGACACAACCCCGAGCCUUGUGCUGCCCAGCCCCCCUGCUAAAGGGCCUGCCUGUCUGAGCUUGUCUGGACCUGGCUGGGAGUAGACAUGAAUGGAGAGGAAGAGCUUCCCUCUCCACCCCCUCUCAACGGGGUUACUGCCGGUCACAGAGCUAUUUACAUUUACAACAGCCCAACAGCGCCUGAUCAGGCGGGAGCCAAUCAGCAGCCCCCAAGCUUGUCUGACUCCGUCUGCGCCAAUCAGGAGGUGCUAUCCUUAUAGCCUCUCUUUCUUUGAAUCACACAGGUCGGUUGUCGCCUGUUUUGGGGAGGGGAGCCUGAUUCAGAGUUCAGGCUCUCCCUAGACUUCAGUUUGUCAUUCACUGGAAUGGGGAAAAUACAGAAACACACUCAGCUUCCCGGGGAGACAGCUGCACAUAAAAUUCUAGGAGAGUGUUAUAAACGAAUGGAGAACACUGUCUUCCUUCCCAGCAUAGAUUCUGUGCUUCUCCGCUGCGAAAAAUUGUAUAGAGAGAGUUUCUCCUCCUUCACUGCCAGCCCCUCCCUGACUCAGGAUUAUCAAUAUGGGCUCUUAAUCCAUGAUUGCCUUGCAGGCGGUGCGACAUUGCUGACCACAACAGGCCAGUAGGCAGAGCUAAUUUUUUUUCUCACCAGCAAUAGUGCAAACACCUGUCAGUAAAGGGCAAAGAGCAAAGGAUCAGCAAAACAGGCUAAAGACUGGAUAGUCACAGGGUAGAGCAGAAGCAUGAACGUGUUUGGGAGCGGUCAGGGCUGAUGUAACCGGAACAUGCAGGACUUGGAGUGCAACGUGGAGAGAGGCCUUGAAAGCCCGCCUGGAGCGUUUAAACAUGCUUCCAAAAAGCUAUUGAUGCAGUGAUUUAGCUGCCACAAAAAUCAGGAGGAAACACACAGGAAUUCACUCAUCUCACUCUGGUGAUGGAGGACCAGCACACAAGACCUACAGUAAUGUUUCCAAACUUGAAGAUUGCUGUUCCUUCUGAGUUUCCUCAGAUGAUACUUCUUCCUGCUCCCACCCCUAAAUGUCAGUGAACAAUUUCCUGAUGACUGGUCCAAAGGCUUACCUGAUCUACUCCAGCAGUGUGGCAGCUGGUGCCCAGAGUGGAAUUGAAGAAUGCAAAUACCAGUUUGCUUGGGACCGCUGGAACUGCCCUGAGAGAGCCCUGCAGCUGUCCAGCCAUGGUGGCCUUCGCAGUGCUAAUCGGGAGACAGCAUUUGUACAUGCCAUCAGUUCUGCCGGGGUCAUGUACACUCUGACUAGAAACUGCAGCCUUGGGGAUUUUGACAACUGUGGCUGUGAUGACUCCCGCAAUGGGCAACUGGGGGGCCAAGGCUGGCUGUGGGGAGGCUGCAGCGACAACGUGGGCUUUGGAGAGGCAAUAUCCAAGCAGUUCGUCGAUGCCCUGGAGACAGGACAGGAUGCUCGGGCAGCCAUGAACCUGCACAACAAUGAGGCUGGCCGCAAGGCGGUGAAGGGCACCAUGAAACGCACGUGUAAGUGCCACGGGGUGUCUGGCAGCUGCACCACGCAGACCUGCUGGCUGCAGCUGCCGGAAUUCCGAGAGGUGGGUGCGCACCUGAAAGAGAAGUACCACGCGGCUCUCAAGGUGGACCUGCUGCAGGGUGCAGGCAACAGCGCGGCGGGCCGCGGUGCCAUCGCUGACACCUUUCGUUCCAUCUCCACACGGGAGCUGGUGCACCUGGAGGACUCCCCGGACUACUGCCUGGAGAACAAGACGCUAGGGCUGCUGGGCACCGAAGGCAGAGAGUGUCUGCGGCGCGGCCGGGCCCUGGGCCGCUGGGAGCGCCGCAGCUGCCGUCGACUCUGCGGGGACUGCGGGCUGGCGGUGGAGGAGCGCCGCGCCGAGACAGUGUCCAGUUGCAAUUGCAAGUUUCACUGGUGCUGCGCGGUCCGCUGCGAGCAGUGCCGCCGGCGAGUCACCAAGUACUUCUGCAGCCGCGCGGACCGGCCACGCGGGGGCGCGGCGCACGAACCCGGGAGAAAACCCUAA